AUAACUGCAUGGCUCCGAAACCACCACCCCACUCAGCACUAAAAGAAGAAUUCCCAAAAGAAGGUUAUCCGGUUGGAACUGUCCUGACAUACCAUUGCAUCCCAGGUUAUGAAUAUAUUCCUGGAAGGAACCCUUCAAUUAAAUGUCUGAACACUUCAAAAUGGUCUGAAAUUCCACCAAUGUGUCAGGGAAAAAAAUGUCCCAUUCCACACAUAGAACACAGCAACCCAAGUACUUAUCCUGACAACGCCCUCCGUCUGGGUGGCAAUAUAACUAUCUCCUGUCUACAUGGGUAUAGGCCUGUUGGUGAAGAUACACUUAAGUGUAUUCUGAAAGAUGGCAAGGUUGACUGGCAUAAACCAUUCCCACUUUGCGACCUUAUACCUUGUGAUCGUCCUAAAACAAUCGUCAAUGGACAUUUUGAUGCUGACCAUAAAGACGAAUAUUACAUUGGAUCAGUUGUAACCUACCGCUGCCAGCGUGAUUUCUCCUUGAUAGGAAAUUCAACCCUCACAUGCAUAACUACAGAAGAUGGCCGAAAUGGAAAGUGGAAUUUGCCUCUCCCUGAAUGUAAAAAAGUCAAGUGUUAUCGACCAAAUGUGGAAAAUGGGCAAUUAGUUAAUUCAUCUAAGCCUUCAUAUACCUAUAAUGAUGUUAUCAGCUUUGAAUGUAAUUCUGGCUAUUCUGCUGUGGGAAGCCUCCAUAUUAAAUGUGGGGAGAACAGCUCGUGGGUUCCUGACAUCCCCAAAUGUGUCAAAGANGUCAAGUGUUAUCGACCAAAUGUGGAAAAUGGGCAAUUAGUUAAUUCAUCUAAGCCUUCAUAUACCUAUAAUGAUGUUAUCAGCUUUGAAUGUAAUUCUGGCUAUUCUGCUGUGGGAAGCCUCCAUAUUAAAUGUGGGGAGAACAGCUUGUGGGUUCCUGGCAUCCCCAAAUGUGUCAAAGACGUCAAGUGUGAUCUACCAAAAGUGGAAAAUGGGAAAUUAGUUAAUUCAUCUAAGCCUUCAUAUGCCUAUAAUGAUAGCAUCACCUUUGAAUGUAAUUCUGGCUAUUUCGCUGUGGGAAGCCUCCAUAUUAAAUGUGGGGCUAAUAGUUUGUGGGUUCCUGAUGUCCCCAAAUGUGUCAAAGAUGUCAAGUGUGAUCUACCAAAAGUGGAAAAUGGGAAAUUAGUUAAUUCAUCUAAGCCUUCAUAUACCUAUAAUGAUGUUAUCAGCUUUGAAUGUAAUCCUGGCUAUUCUGCUGUGGGAAGCCUCCAUAUUAAAUGUGGGGAGAACAGCUCGUGGGUUCCUGACAUCCCCAAAUGUGUCAAAGAAGUCAAGUGUCAUAAACCAAACAUCCAAAAUGGGAUAAGGCGAGAUUGGUUUGAUCGUAGGAAUACAUAUGAGUAUCAGACUAUGAUAUCGUUCAAGUGCGAUUUUGGCUACACUAUGGUAGGGUCACCAAGUGUUCAAUGUGAUGCUAAUAGUGAAUGGAAUCCUCCUGUUCCGCGCUGUGUUAAGAGUGUAGUCAUGACUACUACCAAACCAACCAGAUCUUCCCCAUUUGCUCUUUCCCCUAACCCCUCAGAAGAAGGUAAGACUGAAGGAUCUGGCAAAACAAUUGGAAUUACUAUUGAAAAUCUAACGAUCAUCCUGCUUCUUCUGAUACAUACCAUGUAGUUU